CCAGAGGCAGCUGCGGGGGUUUAAACUGAACUACAUCACUAAUAACGAUCAUCACACAAUUAAACUGAAAUAACCUGCUGUUCUCAUCAGUCUGGGAUGUUGAUGUUCAUUUAUUAUUAACCGGGGAGGGGUGGGGCUUCGAAACCGAAAGUUAAAAAAAAAAGAUAAACAAGCUGACGUGACUAUCAGACGACCGACGGUACCGUUAGCGCAGUGUGGAAAAGGCAAACAUUGACUGCACCAUGAGACGUCCAGAGAAGAUAUUUAGCAUUCAAAACGCAACAAGGAGAAACUGGUUUUAAGCCUUUAAACUGCAGCAGUAGAAAUGGCUGAGAAGAGGAAGAAGAGGAAGCGAUCCAUGUCUUCAUCCUCGCCUUUAUUGUCUGAACAGCCAACCAGCUCCAGCAGUGAGCGGAUCAGUGAAUCCACCGCUCCCAGUGUUGUUUCUUUGGGAAGUGAACAAUCCAAAGGUUAUCCACUGAACUUUGAUGUUGAAAAGGCACAAAGCUCAAUGUCAAAGGAGUCCACUGCUCCCAGUAUUGUCUCUUUGAAGAGUGAAAGAUCCAAAGGCUAUCCACUCAACUUUGGUGUUGAUGAGUCAAAACGUUCACAAUCGAGUGAGUCCACUGCUCCCAGUGUUGUCUCUUUGAAGAGUGAAAGAUCCAAAGGCUAUCCACUCAACUUUGGUGUUGAAAAGACACAAAGUGAGCUGACUGUGGAGCCGUCCAGCUGUGCGAUGUGUAUGGAGGCUUUGAGUGAUCCAGUCCGUUUAACCUGUGGACACUGGUCAUGCAAACAGUGUGUCGGCUCAGACAACCCCUGCACAAAGUGUGGAAAGAAAGUCAGAAAAGAUCCUGGACACCAAAGAGAUACUGAGGAAGACACUAGGGGCAGCCAUCUUUUGAAUGCAAAGAAGAAUCAUAGAAAAGCAACGCAGAAUAAAUUUACUUGGACAUCUGAAGGUUUGGGUGACCAAAAGAAUCCCCUGAACAGCAUCUACACCACACUCUUCAUCAACCCUGGAGAGAGUGAAGGGCUACAUGAAGAACAAUCGUUUAGACACUUCAAACCUACAUUGAAAAAACAAAAAUCUUCGGAAAAAUUAAACAUCAAUGACAUCUUCAAACCGUCAUCUGGCCAAGAGAGACCCCCCAGAACAGUCCUGAUGAAGGGCGUUGCAGGAAUUGGAAAAUCAUUUUCUGUGCAGAAAUUCAUUCUUGACUGGGCCGAGGAGAGAGCUAACCAGGACAUUGAUUUUGUUUUCAAUCUUGCUUUCCGAGAGCUGAAUCUGAGUACAGAAGACAAAAGCUUGCAUGAGCUCCUGACUGAUCAUCACCCUGCUCUCCAUGAUCUGAGAGAUUCAGAAGAUUUCGUCAAAGCCAGGGUUAUCGUGAUCCUGGACGGCCUGGAUGAAAGCAGACUUCCACUGGACUUCAAGAACAAGCCGGUAACAUCUGUCAGUGAAGUAACAUCUGUUGGUAAUCUCCUAGCAAACCUCAUCCAGAGAAACCUUCUUCCUAAUGCUAACCUGUGGAUAACAUCCCGUCCAGCAGCAGCCAGUCAGAUCCCUGCAAAGUUUGUUGACAUGGUGACGGAGAUAAGAGGGUUCAGUGACCCACAAAAAGAAGAAUACUUCAGGAGGAGAUUCAGUAAUGACUUGAGCCUUGCUGACAGGAUCAUUUCACACAUUCACUCUUCGCAAAGUCUCGACGUCAUGUGCCAGAUCCCGAUCUUCUGCUGGAUUUCGGCCGUAUUAUUUCAGGAGAUCUUUGGGGGAGAAGAGAAAGCUGAGACUCCCCAAACUCUCACAGAGAUGAUGGCACAUUUCCUGUUUGCCCAGACAAAACGCAGAAGCAGAAAAUAUGACAAGACUGAGGAAAACAAAGAGAGACUUCUGAAGACACACAGAGAAUUUCUUCUGAAACUCGGCAAGCUUGCAUUUGUUCAGCUGCAGAAGAACAACCUCAUCUUCUACGAUGAAGACCUGGAAGACUGUGGCAUUGACAUACGAGAGGCAUCCGUCCACUCUGGAUUUUGUAGUGCAGUUUUUAGGGAAGAAGAAAUCUUUUCCCAGAAAAAGAUCUCGUUCUUUGUGCACCUGACCAUACAGGAGUUCUUUGCUGCUCUUUUUGUCUAUGACUGUUUCACCAACAAGAAUACAAAAGAGCUCGGCAACUUCCUCGAUCUGAAGGACGAAGAACAUACCUUACUUGAUCUUCUGAAGAUGACCGUUGACAAAGUAUUGGAGAAAAAGAACGGUCACCUGGACUUCUUCUUGCGAUUCCUCCUUGGCCUCAUGGCAGAACCCAACCGGAGAGUCCUUCAGGGUCUGCUGACAUCGCCGGAUCCAGGCCAAGAUACCCAAAAGAAAAUCUUGACUCACCUCAAAGCCAUCCGAAGAAAGGCCCUCUCUCCAGACAGUUGCAUCAACCUCUUCCAGACCAUGGUCGAGAUGAGAGACAACAAAGUCAAAGAUGAGAUUCAGGAAUAUCUCAAACUGUCAGAGCGUUCAAAAACCGAGCUGACUCCACUGCACUGCUCUGCGCUGGCCUACAUGCUGCAGGUAUCGAAAGAUGAUCUGGAGUUGUUGGACUUGAAAAGUUACAACACAUCAGAUGAAGGCCGAAGGAGGCUGAUACCAGCUGUGAGGACCAGCAGAAAGGCCGUACUGGCAGACUGCAAAGUGACUGAAGAAUUGGUCAAACAUCUGGCCUUUGGUCUCAAGUUCCCCUACUCAGCUCUGAGAGAUCUGGAUCUGAGCAACAAUGACCUGAAAGAUUCAGGAGUGGAGCUGCUCUGUGAUGGACUGUCGAGUCAAUGCUGCAGACUGAAGAAACUGAGUCUGUCAGGCUGUCAGGUCACAGAAGAAGGCUGUGAUUAUCUGGCCAAGGCUCUGAAGUCCAACCCUUCCCAUCUGACGGAGCUGGACCUGAGCUACAACAAUCUGGGAGAAUCAGGAAAGAAGCUGCUCUCUGAGCUGAAGGACGAUACACAAUACAAGCUCGACAUACUCAAUGUUGAACACAAUGGAAGUCAACGGAUGAAACCGGGAUUCAAGAAAUAUGCCUGUGAUCUCACUUGGGACCCCGACACGGCCCACAAGAACCUCCUUCUCUCUGAAGGGAACAGAAAGGUGACCUGGGUGAAAGAUGAGCAGCCAUAUCCACCUCAUCUGGAAAGGUUCAAUCUCUGCCAGCAGGUGCUGUGUGAACAGGGUCUAGAUGAGCGCUGCUACUGGGAGGUUGAGGUGGAGGAGCCCUUCAACAUCGGGUUAACGUACAGAAGCAUUGGCAGGAAAGGGGAUGGGAGAGAUGGUAAGCUAGGGCGCAACGACAAGUCUUGGGCUCUGAUGUGCUCUGAUGAAGGUUGUUUUGUUCAGCACAGCAACAAGAAAGUAGAUGUAUCUUCCCUUUGCUCGCGCUCCAGUCGGCUGGGGGUGUAUCUGGAUCGGCCGGCUGGCACUCUGAUCUUCUACAGAGUCUUCUCUGACAGUCGGACCUGCCUCCAUACCUUCAAAACUACGUUCAUUGAGCCCCUCUAUCCCGCUGUUGAACUUCACACUCAUUCAUCUGCAUUUUUUGUCGGCUCUGACACACCAACACGACAACCAACCGUCAGCAGAAAAGGCAGUCGGACUGAUCAGUCUCCCUGAGUUGGUCAAAAAAGUGCCUCGGAACACACCGAAGCGAUGCCGACUUGAGCGUACGUUCUGCACGUGCGUGAGAUGUACUACAUCUCCAUAACAGCAGGCGACGCUAAUCUUUAUUGUCGCCCAAAAAAUUAAAACCGGCAGCAGAUUGGACAAACACGUCACGUGUGUCUGGCUGCUCCCAGAAAACGGACCAUAAUGGCGGCAAGGAAAUAGGCCAUGCCAAUCACACGAGCAACCAAAAGGCGUAAAUUUGCAUGUGGAUGGUCGGGACUUGUCCCAUACAAUCAAGGGAAUACUGAGGUAGUCAGUGAGUUGUGUGAGUGUCCGACUGAUUGUUCAGCCCAAUAUAUUAGUGAUCUUGCCACCAUAGUGAAGUUUCUCUGUGUUGUUUCCACCUUUCCUUUUGCCAUGUGCUCAAGACCACAACUUAAAUUAAAUUAAAUUCCAUUUAUAGUAUCAAAUUAUAACAAGUGUUAUUUCAAGACACUUUACAGAUAGAGUAGGUCUAGACCACACUCUUUAAUUUACAAAGACC